AUGCUGGCAAGAAAUUACUGCUCUUUUUUUGGCCGAUUUCAACAGGCCCGACUAUUCUUUUCGCGACAUGUUUAUGAACCUCGUCUCAUAGCGAGAAAUCCUCAAGGACCAGAUAAAAAGUCUCUACCUGUUGAUCCUUUGAAGCCUGUGGUUUUACUUAUCGGUUGGGCUGGAGCAGAACAUGAACAACUGGAGAAGUUCAGCGACAUAUACACUGAGCAAGGGUAUCGAACAGUUUCUUUUAUUGCUCCAUGUUAUCACUACACAACACCAAAUGCACGGAACGGUUUUUACCUGUCACCUGUGUUCCGAGGAAUUGAUGCUAAGACCGGAAAUUUUGAGAGUUUUAAGCACAGUCCUCUGAUAUGUCACAUAUUCUCAAUGAAUGGUGUAAGAUGCCUAAUAUCACUAUGGAAAUGGACCGAGGCGGAAAGGAUGACACAUCUCAGACAGCGAAUUAAAGGCCUAAUUUUUGACAGUGCUCCCGCUCGUACGAGGGCUGGCCCGGAUUCUCUUGCUGUGGUCCUCUCCACACCGCCCAUGGAAGGGCUUAGCUGG